CUUCAGGAAAGAGCGAUGUUCCCAUCGUGUUGGAGGCGGACAACAUCAAACUUGCCGGGCAACUCGUCAAUCAUGACAUUUUUCGGUCGCAUCAAGCAGCGGCAACGGGCUGACAGCCCUGUCCGGAGACAAGCGACGAACAAGCAUCAGGAGCACGCUUCUUGAAGAAGCUUGAUGCGGGUUGACUUCACCGGGUAGGUUGAUGCAGCCCUACGAGAACGGCAAACAUUGAUCUGGAUAUACACACCUCGUUACCCAUGGAAGUUGUUCUGCAGUCGCAAAUCGGCAACGACUAACAGGGCCGGGCCGUGAUCAUCGCCCCACAGCCCCUGUCCCCGGCUUAACUUUCGAGAUCCCUAUCAUCAAAUACUAGCGGUAUGUUUGCACCGAGACUAGCGGAUGUUUCGAACAGCGAGGGCUCCAGGGAACAGCUCUUUAUGUGUGCUCCCUUAACUCUCACGGCCGACAGCACACAGAAUUUGGACGGCAUAUCGCGCGUGCUGUGUAGGUUUGGCUGCUCUCUGAGCGCGGGCCGCCUAUCCGCGAGCAGUCCAGAACACGCCCAAUUAUGGUCCGCCAGGACGAGCACGCCUUUACGCACGACAGUGUCUGAACUACAUUGCAUCCAAUCGACGCCAACUCGAGGCCUGGAAUGGUAUUCUGCCAGGCGGAGCGCGAAUGGUGUUUUUCUUGUUUGGCGUUCGCGGCAAGCUUCCCCGGCGCCUCAGCCGCCCUGGCGCGCCGCCGGUCCGAGGGCUGUUUCGGCGCGACGACCAACGAAACACGGUGAAGAGAGACACGACGACGCGCGAAGCUUUCUGCGUGCAAGACAAACUUCAAUCGGCAUCGAUCGACUUCGACAAACGGUCCGGGGGACCGCCGGGAAGGGCGCCGGGAUGGUUGCGUGGUCCGGCGGUCGCAUCAACCUGACACGCCAGCGGCGCGAUGCGCGCAGGGAUUGGGGCAACCGCACCCUUUCGGAAAUUUGCGUCUACACCAAAGCGAGUAUCGCCGCCGUUUCAAUCCGCAUCGCUUGGGCGCGCGCGUUUCAAUCGCAUGAAAGUGGCGCGACGGCUAAUCUAUCCGGUCUCUUCAUAUAGGCGUCGCUAUGCCCCUCCGCCGGACCUCCUCAUCCGUUCUGCUUUGUUGCGUCCAGCACCACUCUUCACUCCCUUUUUAUCUGC